GGGAUGGGAGGAGCGAGGAUGACAAGAGAAGGGUGCCGACAGACGGCAGAGUCCGAGUAGGCAAGCUCGGCAACGGUGAUCUCCAGUCGAGUCGCAGGGAUCCACAGCAGUCACUUACUAAACUGGAGUCGAGUCGAGUCAGCAUCAUGGAUGGGUGCCCAGCCGUCCGCCUGGACGCCCUCAUCUCCCUCUCCCUCAUACUCAGCUGCCUACACUCUCUCUUGGGCACCCUGUGCGAGGCGGCCGUCCCGCCACGCAACAGGCCACCUACAGCAGCCGAUGCGGCCGCACCCCUCCCUCACACACGCAGGAAGACCACCUUCCUGACACCGCCAAUCGCUAGAGGUGCGGCCAACCGGCGUCUCACCCGUCUUGGCAUGACCCCUCCACCUCGGCCAGAUGCGACACAGACGGCCCCGCCACGCGAGAUGGCCGAGUCGAUUGCCGAUGCCAAGUCAUUGCUCGGCCCGUUCGGCUACCCCAAUGGGUCUGAUGAGGGCCACACGGCAGCCAGCAGGGGCACCCGCAUCAACGGCCACGAGGACAAACAUGCCAAGCGGAAGGAGGCCCUGGGUGCGGCAGCUGCUGCAGGAGGCCACAGCCUGGCGGCUUUGCAGCGGCUGGCCCGUCUGAGUGGCGAGCUCAAGGAGACGGAGGCUCUGGAUAGUCUUCGCACGCUCGCCAACACGUUGACUGAGAUGAAAGAUCUGCUGCGGUCGCCAUCUCUGCGGCAGAUACUGAGCAACGACCGGGCGGCAAAGGCGCUGAGGGAGUUUCUGAGUGCCUUCGAGGGGCCCGUGACGGGUUCUUUGUACGAUUUGAUCGACAAAUUCGAAGACGAUGUUGUGCAGGAGUGUUACCGUGAAUUAAGGGAGGUCCUACGAGCGCCCGAGACGGUGAUCCCUUCCCCGGAGGAGAGGGAGGGGUAUGUGCAGCUGAGUGGGGGUGAGAUAGUGACGGCCAUGCUCAAGCGGCACGGCGUGGAGGCUGUGUUUGGGUACUCUGGGGGGGCUGUGCUGCCGCUGCUGGAUUCUUUCUAUGGCAACGACAUCAAGUGGUACAUGUCCACCCACGAGCAGUGUGCGGGCCACGCUGCCAUGGGGGUUGCCAAAUCAACCGGUGCGCGACAAGCAGAUCUGGGAGUGGAGUGGAGUCUUAAGGGGCACGUGCUCGUGUGUGUGUGUUCGUGUGUGCGCGUGUGAUGUGCAGGCAAGGUCGGUGUGGCUGUGGUGACGUCUGGGCCAGGUCUGACCAACCUCAUCACCCCCCUGCAGGACGCAAUCGGCGAUGGAGUCCCACUCGUCGGUAAGACCACACCACGAUGUCACCACGACCACUGCCUUCAUGUGUUGGUUGUGUGUGUGCCUGCCUGCCUGCCUGCCUGUGUGUAUGCGUCAGUGUUCUCUGGCCAGGUGCCGACUGGUGCGAUAGGCAGCGACGCCUUCCAGGAGUGCCCUGCCUGUGCGCUGACCAAACCCUGCACCAAAUGGAACUUCAGAGCUGAGAAGGUCGAGGACCUGCCAUGGGUGAGUGCAGAAUGCUUCCUCCUGCACCACACAAGCACCCCUGCACUGUCCUGUCUGUGUAUUGUCCAAUCAGGCGGUGGAGCAGGCCUUCCGCAUCGCCACCAGCGGCCGCCCCGGCCCGGUGCAUAUCGACCUGCCCAAGGACAUCUCGUCCGGAAAGGUAUGGCUGCCCAAGUCGUUCCUCGAGGGCGAGCUGCCCGAGGAGAUCAAGAUGGAGACCUUCCAGUGGAGGAAGCCGCUGGUGGACGUGCAGCAGAUACAGCAGCUGGCGCACCUCAUUAACCAGGCCAAGAGGCCCGUCUUGUAUGUGGGUCAGGGGGCCGUCGGUGCGGCCGACCAAGUGAGGGAGCUCGCUGCCAAGGCGUCGAUACCGGUGAGAUGCGACGGAGGGGGGAGAGAGACCGACAGCACAUGACGGAAUGUGUGUGAGGCUUGUGGUGGGUGCAGGUGGCGACGACGAUCCACGGAAUGGGUGUGUUUGACGAGGAGGACCCUUUGAGCCUCCACAUGCUGGGGAUGCACGGGUCGGCCUACGGCAACCUGGCCAUACAAAAGGCAGACCUCGUCAUCGCUAUGGGCAGCAGAUUCGACGACAGAACCACCGGCAUACUCAACAAAUACGCACCAGAGGUACGUCACACACACACACAGAGAGAGAGCCCAUGUGCAUGGUGACAUGUGUGUGUGUUGUGUGUUGGUCAGGCGAAGGCUGCGGCAGAGAGGGGGGAGGGCGGGAUAGUUCAUGUGGAUAUCGAGAAGAAGCAGUUCGGCAAGAGCGGCGUGGCACCGCACAUGGCCGUCCAUGGCGACUGCAAAGACGUCAUUGAGGUACGUGUGUGCGAUGACGAAGCGAGGCCCAACACAUCGCAACAAGACACCUGCCUGUGUUGCCUGUGUGUGUAUGUGUGUGUGUGUCAUUUCAGGCACUGUUGCCCUUGGUUGAGCGUCAUGACCGCGACGAGUGGCUGCAGCAGUGCCGGCAGUGGAAGGCCGACAUACCGUUCAGGUGGAUACCCCCAGAGGGCAACCAAAUCAAGGUCCAGCAGGUCAUCGACGCCAUCCACAGGUGAUUAACAAUGAAGAACGGAGGACGGAACGAAACAUCCAAACACCCACCCAUGUGUGUGUCCUGUGCUCAUCGGCGGCUCGUCAGGAAAUCGACGGAGCUGCUGCCGCCCGACGUGCGUGAGAAGAUGAUCUUCACGACAGGUGUGGGCAACCACCAGAUGAUGACGGCGCAGUUCAUCCGGUGGCGGCGGCCGCGGUCGAUGCUGACGUCGGGCAGCUUAGGGGUCAUGGGGGUGGGGCUGCCCUACGCCAUCGGGGCCCAGGUGGCCAACCCCGACAGCAUGGUGGUGCUCAUCGAUGGGGACGGGUCGUUCAACAUGAGCUUGAUGGACUUGAAGACGGUGGCCAACUACAAGCUGCCCAUCAAGAUUGCCAUCAUGAACGACGACAGGCAGCAGGUCGGCUUGAGGAUGGAUGAGCCGCGGAGGGGCAGAUGUGGAUAAAUGUGUGGAUCUCUCUGUGUAUGGGUGCGUGUGUCAGAUGGUGUGGAUAUGGCAAAAGCUGUUUUUCGGCGAGCGGUACAUCUCCACGACCAACAACAACCCCGACUUUGUUGCCCUCGCCAAGGCGUACGGCAUCGAUGCAAUCUCAUGCGACAACUCCGGUGAGCCAGACAGACAGAGAGGGAAGGAAGGACGCUCAGACACGUUGAUACAUGUGUCUUGUCUUGUGUGUGCCGGUUUCUGCAGAUGACUUGGAUGGCGUGAUAGAGAAGUGGCUGACGCAUGAGGGGCCGAUGGUGGUCGACUUCCGUGUCGUCCCCGACAUAUGCCUGCCUAUGGUCCAGGUGACCAAACACACACAGACCCACACUAUCGCGCACACGCCUUCUGUGUUUCUGUCUGUCUUGUGGUGGUUUGUGUCGUCCAUCCAUCAGCCCGGCAAGGCGUUGGACGAGAUGCUGCUGCAUCCUGACGAAGCCAACAAACCCAUGGAGGGACUAGCACCAUCAUAGACAGACAGACGGACAGACACGUGAGCACCUUCGUAGCCACCUACCUAGCUGGCGAAAGGAGCAGGCAACAAGAGCUGGUUUUUUCCUGCCGUCGUGACGACCAACGCCCAACGUUGCUUUUGAUCUUCUGACUUACUUCCUUCUGGUUUGUGUAUGUGGUGGCUCCCUCUCUCCCUCCCUCUGCACGUUGAUUGGUGGAUGGGCUGAUGGAUUGAUGGAAGUGUCUCAUAAUAUGCGAGACACGUGCCUAGUUGUGUGCUGGGGUGGGGUGUGCUCCCUUGCAUCGAUGACUUAGAUACAUAGAGGGUGUGGGUGGGUGACAUGGAUGAUUUUGUAGAGGGAGGGACAGACAGGAGCAGGAGGGGAAGGGAACGGAUCAGUCAGCGGGCCUGUGUUGUGUUGUGUAUGUCCUGUCGGGGGGCUGCGUAAGUGGGCCGUUUUGGAGUGUCGGUUGACGCAUGCAUACUGAGUUGUCGAGGACAGACGGAAUGUCGGAGUGUCGGUCGCGGAAAGUGUCGGCUAUUUGUCAGCUAUCUACCGAGUCACCGGCAGACAUACACACACUGACUGAGUGGAGGACUCUUUAAGCCCUUAACCCAAUGAUUCCCUGUCUGUCUGUUUUUCGACACACACCAAACACAACGGUGUGUGUGUGUGUGUGAGUGUGUCUGGUCGACCACACAUACGGACCAUUGACGACUGAGUGCGUAUACAUGGGGGAUGGUGGCUAGCACAGCCCUAGCCUCCCCCCUGCCUCUCUCUCUUCCCAGCUAGCUGUACAGCGGUGCCCUCGGUGUCUGUCUCUCCCCCCC